AUCCUGUAGUCUCUUUACAUAGCUUUCUUUUCGCUUGACUCGUCAUUUGAUCCUUUGAAUUUGAAAAUUCAAGAUUAAAAGAAGAUGCUGAAAGGUGAAAAGGAUUGGACAUUACCCAUCAUAAUAGACCUGAUCAAAAAGUUACCUAAAAAUCAAAACCCUUAUGACUAUCUAUUGAAUUUAAUUGAUCGUUUCUUUUGGCCUUUACCAGAGAAAAUCUUUUUAAUAAUCUUGUUAGGUUUUGGUUUGAUUUAUUUUUCGAUUUUGAUUUGUUCCUUAAUAGUUCUCAAAUUGAGUUUAAAGUCUAAUAAAUCAGUUUCUAAAAGAAAGCAAAAUCAACAUUGGUGGUGGUAUAGAAAGAUUUAUAUCUCUGGAUCUUCCAAUCCAUAUAUCCUCAUCAAUGGUUCAAUAACUGUGGCUUUAGCUGAAGCAAUGACUUCUAUUUGUUUUUUAAUUUAUAUUUUUAUCACAUUCUUUACUUUUCGUUCUACUUCUGUUAGUAGAACUUCUUACGCUUUUGUUUGGUAUGAGAUCGCUUGGCUACCGGGUACCUUAGGAAUUUGGUUCACCGGGUGGAAUAGUCUUUUGACGUGGUUGUCGAAUUCAGAUAUUGAACCUGCGAAAUCAAAACGGUCAACAAAUCGUUCAAUCUAUUUGAACCUUGGGUUUAUAGUAUUUCCAUUAAUAUUUAUCCUUCAAACCAUCGUCUUUGGAACUCUGAUUGGUAUUUCACUGCAUAAUGUGAAUGAUGCAUAUGAUGAUUUAAAAAUUCAACUUCAGUUGGAUUCAUUUGAUUGGGGACAUCAACAAUUUAAUCAGAUUGAUAUAAACAAUUCAUGGGAUUUAUUUCAAGGUCUAGUUAAAGAUCUCGAAGGAUUAUUGAAAAUCAUUCAUGGUUCUACUGCAUCUUGGGCAUGUACUGGACUUUUAACUUUUUUGUUUUAUAUCUUUGCUCUAUAUGAAGUCACUAAUCUUACAAGAAAAAAGGUAUUAAAAUCAAAUGCUGAUAAUUCAUCAAAUUAUAAAAAUCAAUUACGUGAAAGAUAUUAUGGAUUCUUGAUUUAUUGUUCGAUGAUGUUGAUCGUUUUAAUCUAUGAUAUAGGAGUUGGUAUUUUCUUAUACGUGGAAAGCGAAAAUCUAACCAAUGCAACGAUGAGAGGAAUAGAAGGAAUUAUUGGGCUAGGAGGUGGGGCUCUUGUUGCACCAGCUAUGCUCUUUCAAGUUUGGAGAGUUAUGAAAGAUGAUGAAGAUCAAUUGGAAUUUGAUCAAAUUACUAAGAUAGAAAGUAAUCUUAACAUCAUGAAAGUAGAAAUUCAAAAGAACUUUAACAAAGCUGAUUUUGAUAAUGAUAAAAGUGUAACAGAAAGCGAUAAGAAUUCAACAAUAGGAACCAAGAAUAAUAUCAAGUAGAGUAGAUAGAUAUAUUGGAGGAAGAUGUUACAGUUUUUGUUCAUGAAACUAGUCACAGACCGCAUUAUACCAAGAG